AUGGACACAAAUGAUUCAUCACUCAGCUCAACAUCCAUCCUGACCCAGCUGCUUCUCAAUACCACAGCAUUCAUAAACAGCACGGCAACAUCCUUCAGUGCAGUUGAUGGGUGCGAAAACCUGAUAGAGGCCAUUCUCUUUGACCUGGCCAUGCAGUGCAUCAAUGUAAUUUUGGGUAUCCCGGCCAACUUACUCGUCAUUGCUAUUCUCAUCCACAAUCGCAAAGAGCCCUCCACUUCAGACAUAUUCUUGGGCUGCUUGGCCUUCAUGGAUGCCUACUUUGGUGCAAUGACGACUGUGAGCUUUCUUAAUGUCUACCUCUGGCAGCUCAAAGAGGUGUGGUCAGCCAUUAAGUUCUCCUUUGGCGUGAAAGACACCAGCGGUCCGUUGUUCCUCUCCUGCAUCUGCUUGGAUCGCUUUGUAGCUGUACUCUUUCCAAUCGCUUUUGGGCAACUUAAACACUUCAAGUACAGGUUAGGCCUCUCAGUGCUGGUGCUCUGCCUCACCUUUGCCUACUCAGCAGCCAAGAUGGUGGGAGGACUCCCCAACUUUGAAAAGUUGUUCACCGGUGAGGUACUGGCAACAUUUACUUGGAUGGUGGUGUGUAACGCAAGCAUCCUGUGGGCACUGAAGAAGUCCACCGGUGCAGGGAAAGAUGCAAUGCACCCCAUGAAAAAGAAGGCCUUCAAGAUGGUGCUCUCUAUCCUGUGUAUCAUCGUGUUCAACUACCUGCCACUUGUUGCUCUGUUUCCAUUUGAGGACUACUACUCACCUGAUGUGUUUCGCUGCUACGUGCAGCCCGCGGGUUUUGCCUUUCUGAACAUCAGCAGCACAAUCCAGCCCCUUGUCUACUUGUCUCGUCUAGAGAAGGUGCCUUUCCUCUCUGACGCCUGCAUUAAAAAGAUUACUUCCUGUUUCAACCCAGAGAAGAACCAGAAUCCACAGGAGCAAAACCCACCUGCUUAG